AGGUGGAACUGGCGAUGUCGAGGAUUCGGAUACUGACGUGCAGGACUACAGCACGGACGAAGACUACAACGAUGUUUUUGACUCUACUACUAACGGGACCGACGUGGACGCUGCAUCCGGCACGAAAAGUGGUACUUUAAAAUUUGUAAGGACGCUGACAAACAUCUCAAAGGAUGCUGGCGGCAUUGCUCAUAUGCGAUGCGAAGUCGUGGGCGAUCCUCCUCCGACAAAGAUACGAUGGUACAAGAAUGAAGCGCCAUUAGAGGAGAACCGGCCAAAAAUCACUAUUAGGAAAAUACACGCACAGAUGCACGAACAUGCAGCAAAGAAUUUGGCAGGAAGUCGAUUAAAAAUUACAAAUUUGGACGUUUCUGAUAUUGGUUUUUAUACAUGUCGUGUCACCAAUGGUAAGGAUCAAAUCCAGAGCGAAGGAACCCUGCGAGUUGAUUCUUCCAAGAAAUGGCCAGAUGCGCCGUUUCGAGGCUGAGUUGGCUCUGAGUAAUGAAAUGAAUUGCACUAAGCUUUUCUGAGUCGUUCUUGCUUUUCAAACUGGAAAGGAAUCGUAAAAGUAAUGCUGUUAUACGAAUAUCGCACUCCUCGCUGUAGCGAAAAUCGAAUCGAAUUAAGAGAAAGUGAAAGUCAGGUUCGUAGUCGUCGACGACCGAAGUGGGACGACAAAGAAAAGCUCUUUCGUACUUCGACUUUUCGAGAGGCACAAAAAUAAGAAUCUCAACGUGAUCGUAAAACUGUCAAUUUGAAACAAACUCACGAUCGACGUCUGUUACAAGAGUAGAUGAGGGAAAUCAGAACAAAAUAUGAUACACGAAAAGAUAUUUUAUCGACAUACAUUUGAAAUAUCUUUUGUUUUGUACCGCGGUGUUUUAUCACAAUAAUAGUAAUUAUGAUGAUAAAGUACCAAACAACUGCCAAAGUUGAUUAGCUUUAUUCAAAAUAUGCGUAAUUAUACCAAAAUUAAAUUAUUAAAGUAAUAACUGCUAAAUCUGAUUAUCUGAUUAGUACAUCGUUAUGUACAAUAAUAUCUAUUAUUAUUUGUGAUCAACGUAGCAUAUAAUUUAUGAUACAUGGAACAAGAAAAUUAUUAUCAAUAAUAUUCUGUAUUAUUUCAAACCUCAAAAUCCAUCAGAGGUUAAUCAAUCCUGGCACUAAAUUAUUUAUCGUGUUUGUAAUUUGUUUACUCCAACGAAUAUUUCAUUUAAACGCGUCGGGAGUAAUAAUUCGCCGACUAGUAAUAUUUUACUGCGAGCGUAACAUGCGAUACAUUCUACUUUCUGAGAUCGCAAAUUUUUCUCUUGACACCCUCCUCUUAGGAAGAUGCACUUUACUUCAAGAACUUCAUUAUGCGUGGUGUAAAUUAGUUUCAAUUUAUUUUCCGUAAGAGGACAAACUUCUUAAAGCCAAACUCCAAGCAUUUCACCGAGACGAAGUUAUUGCGCGACAGCUCUGACAAAUUCUAAUCCAGCCCCGUAGUGUUUCGCUUAAUGCGCGAAGUACAGCAAGAACGAAACCUCGGUAAAGUCUACCUCUUGAAGAUAGACAAACCGUACUGACUCUUCUUCUGGGGUAAGAAAGUUUGUUGUUAAUGCGGCGUGAGUAGAAUUUGGAAGCCACUGCUUCAGCAAACUGAACUUAAGUUUCAAGGGCCAUGGUCGGCUGAGGUGUACCAUUAAUCAAUCGCGAGUCAUAAACAUUUGAGAAAAAAGGUGUUACUACAAAAAUUUCUAAAAAAAAUUACAAUGUUUAUACAAUAUGUAUACACUAACCUCUUUUAAACGUGUG